AGUGGGAACGUUUUAUUUAAAACGCAUCUUAGGGUUUACUUUUGAGAACAUGGAAUACUCGUUGUUUUCUAAUCUCAGAAACGGUCGUCGUUAUUUUAUGUAAUGUGUCUGAAAUAAGAUGUACAAUCGUACGUUCUGCGGUUGAUGAAUGAGAUCUGCGGUGCGAACAAUUCAAAAUGGUGACGUUUCUAAAUAUAUAUUUGUCUAAAGUCACGCCUCGUGUGUGUGUGUGUGUGUGUGUGCGCGCGCGCGUGUGUGUGUGCGUGUGUGUGCGCGUGUGUGUUUUCCCUGAAGUUCAUCCCAGUGUUGACUCACGUUGGAAAUUUACUUCCGUGUUUUACUUAUUUUGAAUAUUCCUGAUUGACCAAUCGCAGACGGGAUCGCCGUACACGUGUGUGAGACUUCACAUUUGCCGAUUACGUCAUUUGUCGAAGACGUUUCCUAUGGUUGAAACACCUUACACUUUAGUUUUAGUCUUUUCCCUGCUCUCUACACAGUGAUGCACAGACUUCCCUGAGUUAAAGUGGGCGUGUCAGAGCGGGAAAAACACAGGAACCUGUGUGAAUGAGGAACAAGGUGUUAUUUUCCAUCUCAAACUCAAGCUGUGUUUGCGUCAACAGAGUUGAAGAUGAAGCGAAAAUGAUCAGCUCCGAUGAUGGACCCUCCAAAAGCGAGGAGACCCGAGACGACAGGCAGGGGAGGAUGCGUCCACCUGAAACUCUGCACCUUCUGUCAGCCGUGGUGGUGUGGCUGGUCACAGGAACCACCAUCUCCAGCUUAAACAAAUGGAUCUUUGCUGUGUACAACUUCAGAUACCCGCUCCUCCUGUCGGCUCUACACAUGCUCACGGCCAUAGUCGUAGGAGUCAUAAAAUACUGGUUUGUCCGAAAGCGAGGAGUGGCACAGCAGGAACUGACAUCCAGCGCUAAGUGCAAAGUGUUCCUGCUGAGCCUCACCUUCUGCGCCAGCAUCGCUUUCGGGAACGUCGGACUCAACUACGUGCAGCUGUCCUUCGCUCAGAUGAUCUACACCACCACACCGAUCUUCACUCUGGCUAUCUCAUCUCUGGUGCUCGGUAAACAGCACCACGUUCUCACAUACAUGGCCAUGAUGCCCAUCUGCCUCGGGGCUUCGUUCAGCAUCAUGGGCGAGGUGCAGUUUGAUAAGAUGGGCUGUCUGUUCGUGAUCGCUGCCACUGUGCUGCGGGGAGUAAAAAGCAUCCAGCAAAGCAAUCUGCUCCAGGAGGAGAAGAUCAACUCAGUAUUCCUGCUCUAUCUAAUGGCGAUCCCCAGUUUCUGCAUCCUGGCUGUGGCAGCUCUGGUCCUGGAGAACUGGACCACUCUUCAGUCGCCCAACCACUACGAUGGCCAUCUGUGGGUUUUCAUCCUGCUCAGCUGCCUGGGUUCUGUGCUCUAUAACCUGGCGAGCUGCUCUGUCAUCAGCCUCACGUCCGCCGUCACGCUGCACAUCCUGGGCAACCUGAGCUUGGUGGGUAACCUGCUGCUCUCCCAGCUGCUCUUCGAUAGCCAGCUUUCUGCAAUGAGCUGCGCCGGAGCUGUGCUCACAAUCUCAGGGAUGAUUAUGUACCAGAACUCGGAGUUCAUCGUCGCAUAUGUGGACUCCCGUCGCACAAAAGCCUCAAAUGGCACUAUCUGCACCGAUGAAGUACAACCUUAUCCAGGAUGCACUUAUGAAACAUCUUCAUAUCUAGAUCCACCCCAGGAAGCAUCUUUAGAACUGUCCUCAGAAUUAUUCUCUACAGAAUUAUUAUCUACAGAGCCAUCUCUAGAACUGUAUGAUGAUUCUGAACCAUGGGAAGAACUAUACUACGAUCUAGAACCACCUACAGUACUAGAACAUGACCUAGAAGCAUCUUCAAAACUGAAUCAUGACCUUCAAACACCUCUAAAUCUGAAUCAUGUUCAAAAACCACAUGCAGUACUUGAUCGUGAUCUCAAACCAUCUUCAGAAGUGUGCCGUGACCUAAAAGGAUCCUCGGAACCACCUCCAACACUAAAGCAAGAUCUAGAACCAUCCUUAGAACUAGACCAUGACCUAGAACCAUUCUUUGAAAUAGACCAUGAGUUAGAACCUUCUUCAGAACUAGUACAUGAUCUAGAACCAUCUUCAGAACUAGACCAUGAUCUAGAACAAACCUCGGGUCUAGUUCCUGACCUAUAGCCAUCCCUUGAACCAGUCCAUGUCCUAAAACCAACCUCAGAACUAGUCCAAGACCCAGAACCAUCUACACCACAAGACUAUGAUCUAGAACCAUAUCUAGCACUAGAUCCUGACCAUGUUCAUUACUGAGGAACUUCAUUAGGACUGUAUGAUGAUCCCGAGUUACCUCAAGAAUCAUAAUUUGAAGGCUACAGUGACAUAAAUCCAUCUACAGGCCUGGAAAUGUUUCCAGGACUAGCCGCCCAAAAAAAUCUGACAAGAAGACAGAGACAGAAUUUCACAAGAUAAUGAAAUGAGGACAGGAAGACAAACUGGAAAUCGUAAGCUAUAGUCCUUCCUCGCGUGAAGCAUCAGUAAAUCUUAUCAGAGGUACAAUUCCUUUGAUGAAUAUGUGACAUAAAAAUAACCAUUUUGGUUUAUGGGCUAGUUUUGUUGUUGUCAUGGUGACAUGACCUCCAUAUUCUUGCUUUUCUUAAUGCCACUGAUUGGAUUUUGCCAGGCUGGGACUUGGUAUAAAAAAAAAAGAAAAAGAAAAAAAGAAAGAAAGAAAGAAAGAAAGAAAAAAAAAGGACAGAAUAGAGUUCCAUCAGCACAAGUACCAUGCUGGUGGGAAAGUGCUAAAUGUGUUUGGAGCCACAGUACCGGUACUUCUUCACUGUGCCAAUGUAUUUCGACUAUCCCCAAGCUCACAAAGCUCUGAGACUUCUCCUGUUACCUCCAUACACACCGGGUGGCAUAAACACUCUUGCGUGAACGCAGAUGACGUUAUCUUUAUCUCCACUGUGAAGCCGCGACCCAGGUGUCUGUGGGACUCAACACCUACUGUACAUUCUAUUCUGUAGGUCACCUGCGGACUGUUUUAGCACAAAAAAAAUGGUUACAAUUGAAGAAAAGAAGUACGUCGGUGGUUUUGAGGUACUGUUCUCCUCACUCUGUUAGUCUGGAAGGAGCUUUUAAAGGCAGCUCUUCUUUGUCAGGUGUUUGUUCGGUAAUGUUUUUAUUCUAAGCUUACGUUUACAUACUGCACAGUGGUGAGAUCAUCUCAUUUUUGUUUAGUUUACAGUCAGGACGGACGUUUAAGGAAACCGACAACCUUUUUAGGUGGAUAAACGAGACCGAAUAAAGUCUAAAUAAACUGUUACGAGCAGGUUUACUUACAGACAUCAAUCUGACUUAUGUUCUAAAAUGUUUUACUUUUACCGUUAAGAUAUGAUCAGCGUAUGGAGACCUGAGGCUUCAGAAGCUAUGAGGAAAUAAUGGAAGUCUGUUUCACCACUGAGAAACUGUCUUUCUUUCACUCGGGGAAAGAUUCUGUAACGCAGCAGAUGUCGAUCGUCUUCCUCUGUAAAUUUGUCAGUUUCUGGUAAUCGAUUUAUUUAAGAACGGAUCUUUUAUUUGUAUAUUUUUAACUCUUGAUUGUCGUUGGAUUUCAUGGCACAAGUCGGGUUCCUGUUUGUACUUGAAUAUAUUAUAUUAUAUAAUUUAUAUAUAUGUAUAUAUAUAUAUAUAUAUAUAUAUGUGUGUGUGUAUAUAUAUAUAUAUAUAUAUAUAUAUAUAUAUAUAUAUGUGUGUGUGUAUACAUAUAUGUAUAUAUAUAUAUAUAUAUAUAUAUAUAUAUAUAUAUGUAUAUAUAUAUAUAUAUACACAUACAUAUACACAUAUAUAUAUACACAUAUAUAUAUAUAUUCAACAUAAAUUGUCAUGUUAUUAUUAUCAGACAUCGGGAUGGCAUAAAACAUUCAAACACUAUUUAAAAAAAAGUACUCACACACUCACUUAUAAUAUUACAAACACCACAGCCGACCUUAUAAAAGCCAUUGUCCGAGAUGGCCGUCUACAGAACAACAUAACCGUCUACUCAUGGAUUCUGCGGUGCUGUGUAGCCUCGUUUAUGUUUAAAUAUAGCAGAAAGUCUUACAGUCUUCUAAACCAAUGACUUGGUCUGGGACACUGAACAACAGGAAGUACAAAAAGACAUUAAAUUGACAGAGACGUCCAUUAUAUUCA